AUGUUGAUAGUACCCGACGCAAUUUAUAGAUUCAGUGUAGUCAACACCAAAAUUUUGACAGCCUUUGCUAAAUUGGAAAAGCCAUUCCUCAAAAUUAUGUGGAACUGCCAGGGAUCCUGGAUAGCCAAAGCAAUCUUGAGAAAGCAGAAUGAAGAUGAUGUGCGGCAUAAAGUUCACCUGAACACCUUUGGAUUCUUCAAGGAUGGGUACAUGGUGGUUAAUGUCACUAGCCUCUCAGUAAAUGAGCCUGAAGGAACCAUAGUGAAGGAUGCAACUAUUGGAUUCAGCCUGGACCGCACAAAGAAUGAUGGAUUUUCUUCUUACCUGGACGAAGAUGUCAAUUACUGUAUUUUAAAGAAACAAUCUGUUUCUGUCACCCUUCUAAUCUUAGACAUCUCCAGAAGUGAAGUAAAAAUAAAGUCCCCACCAGAAGCUGGUACUCAGUUACCAAAGAUCAUCUUCAGCAAAGAUGAGAAACUCCUUGGUCAGAGCCAGGAGCCUGGUGGUAACCCUGUUUCAGCAAGCAACCAGACUCAGAAAAAUCAAGAUAGUAGAAAGUCUAAAAGAAGUACUGUGAAUUCAAAGGCAAUGGGAGAGAAUUCCUUUUCUGUUCACAAUAGUGAUGGAACAGUUUCAUUUCAGUUUUUCUUUAACAUCAGCACCAAUGACCAAGAAGGCCUCUACAGUCUUUACUUUCAUAAAUGCCUUGGAAAUGAAGUGCGGUCUAGUGACAAGGUUUCAUUCAGCCUUGAUAUUGAGAUCACAGAGAAGAAUCCUGACAGUUACCUCUCAGCAGGAGAAAUUCCUCUCCCCAAAUUAUACAUUUCCAUGGCCCUUUUCUUCUUCCUUUCUGGGACCAUCUGGAUUCACAUCCUUCGAAAACGACGGAAUGAUGUAUUUAAAAUUCACUGGUUGAUGGCGGCCCUUCCUUUCACCAAGUCUCUUUCCUUGGUGUUCCAUGCAAUUGACUAUCACUACAUCUCCUCCCAGGGCUUUCCGAUUGAAGGUUGGGCUGUUGUGUACUACAUCACUCACCUUUUGAAAGGGGCACUACUGUUCAUCACCAUUGCACUCAUUGGCACUGGCUGGGCUUUCAUUAAGCAUAUCCUUUCGGAUAAAGACAAAAAGAUCUUCAUGAUUGUCAUCCCACUCCAGGUAAAAGAACCCUACUCCUUCUUGGUUCUUACUAGAGAACAGGGUUCACAGUGUAGUUACUACCGAGAUUCCUGUUGGCCUGCCCCGUGUGAUCUGUUGAGGUCCAGCAACUGUCUUAUCGUAUGUUACAUAUACUUCACAAGGAUCAUUGCGUUUCUCCUCAAGCUUGCUGUUCCAUUCCAGUGGAAGUGGCUCUACCAGCUCCUGGAUGAAAUGGCCACGCUGGUAUUCUUUGUUUUAACUGGGUAUAAAUUCCGUCCAGCUUCAGACAAUCCCUACCUACAGCUUUCUCAGGAAGAAGAUGACUUGGAAAUGGAAUCUGUAGUAACAACAUCAGGAGUGAUGGAGAACAUGAAGAAAGUCAAGAAGGUGACCAAUGGUUCUGUGGAGCCUCAGGGCGAUUGGGAAGGCACCGCCUGA